AUGCUGCUACCUGUGCCGCUGCUGCUCGGCCUCCUCGGCCUGGUCGCUGCCGAACCCGCCGUCUACUUCAAGGAGCAGUUUUUGGACGGAGACGGGUGGACCGACCGCUGGACCGAAUCCAAACACAAGUCGGAUUUUGGCAAAUUCGUCCUCAGUGCCGGCAAGUUCUAUGGCGACCUGGAAAAGGAUAAAGGGCUGCAGACGAGCCAGGAUGCCCGCUUUUACGCCUUGUCUGCCAGAUUUGAGCCUUUCAGCAACAAGGACCAGACGCUGGUGGUGCAGUUUACUGUGAAACACGAGCAGAACAUCGACUGCGGGGGCGGCUAUGUGAAGCUAUUUCCAGAUACUUUGGACCAGACGGACAUGCAUGGAGACUCGGAAUACAACAUCAUGUUCGGCCCUGACAUCUGUGGCCCUGGGACCAAGAAGGUUCAUGUUAUCUUCAACUACAAGGGCAAGAACGUGCUCAUCAACAAGGACAUCCGUUGCAAGGACGAUGAAUUCACACAUCUAUAUACACUGAUUGUACGGCCCGAUAACACCUACGAGGUAAAAAUUGACAAUAGCCAGGUGGAGUCUGGCUCUCUGGAGGAUGAUUGGGACUUCCUGCCUCCCAAGAAGAUAAAGGAUCCUGAUGCUUCAAAGCCUGAAGACUGGGAUGAGCGGGCCAAGAUUGAUGACCCUACAGACUCCAAACCUGAGGACUGGGACAAGCCCGAGCACAUCCCUGACCCCGAUGCUAAGAAGCCUGAGGACUGGGAUGAAGAGAUGGAUGGAGAGUGGGAACCACCAGUGAUUCAGAACCCGGAAUACAAGGGCGAGUGGAAGCCCAGGCAGAUUGACAAUCCAGAUUACAAGGGCACCUGGAUUCAUCCAGAGAUCGACAACCCCGAGUAUUCUCCUGAUAGCAGUAUCUAUGCUUAUGAAAACUUCGCCGUUCUGGGCCUGGACCUUUGGCAGGUCAAGUCUGGUACCAUCUUUGACAACUUCCUCAUCACCAAUGAUGAAGCGUAUGCCGAAGAGUUUGGCAAGGAGACGUGGGGAGUCACAAAGGCAGCAGAAAAGCAAAUGAAGGACAAGCAGGAUGAGGAGCAGAGACUGAAGGAGGAAGAGGAGGACAAGAAGCGCAAGGAAGAGGAGGAGGCAGACAAAGACGACGAUGAGGACAAAGACGAAGAUGAUGAGGAUGAGGAUGAUAAGGAUGAAGAUGAGGAGGAAGAUGCUGCUGCUGGCCAGGCCAAGGAUGAGCUGUAG